AUCAUAGUUGCUUUGGCUGUUGUGUCGUGUCACCUUGAACAUGGAACAAAAUUCAGAAACACUUGUAUUUGUUUUGUUAAGUUAAAUAUUUUGGUUCAAAUUCUAACUUUUUCUCCGUUGUAAAUUUUUCCAGUAGCUGAAUCUCAAACACAGGAAAACCCAAAGAGUAGAAUCUCCCUCAUAAUGUAUCCCUUCGGAACUCCAACUGUGUUGCCAGCGCAGGAUUUCAAUCCUGUCAAGGAUGCCCAAGACUUACGUAAGGCCAUGAAGGGCUUCGGCACAGACGAGAAUGCCCUGAUCAACAUCAUCUGCCGGCGGACGAACGAGCAGCGCCAGGAGAUCCAGCGCCAGUACAAGACGCACUUUGGCAAGGACCUCAUCGAGGAUAUCAAAUCGGAGACGAGCGGCAACUUUGAGAAGCUUCUCGUCGGCCUGCUCCGUUCCAUUGUGGACUUUUACUGCGCCGAGUUGAACGACGCUAUGGCUGGCAUUGGCACCGACGAGACGGUCCUCAUCGAGAUCCUGUGCACCCUGUCCAACAUGGAGAUCUAUACCAUCAAAAACCAGUACUUACGCUUGUACGGCGCUCACCUGGAGUCCGAGCUAAAAUCGGAGACCUCCGGCAACUUCAAGCGUCUCCUUACCUCGCUGUGCACGGCGGCGCGGGACGAGAGCGGACGCGUGGAUCCCAUUGCAGCCAAGGAUGAUGCCCGGGAGCUGCUCAAGGCCGGCGAGCUGCGUGUCGGCACCGACGAGAGCAUGUUCAACAUGAUCCUUUGUCAGAGAAACUAUCAGCAGCUGAAAAUGAUAUUCCAAGAGUACGAGAGCAUCACUGGGCACUCGCUGGAGAAGGCCAUCAAAAAGGAGUUCUCCGGUGACAUUAUGGAGGGAUUGAUUGCCAUCUACAAGUGUGUCACGAACAAGGCCGAGUACUUUGCCUCGCGACUGCACAAGUCCAUGGCCGGCAUCGGCACCAAUGACACUCAGCUGAUUCGUGUCAUCAUCACACGUUGCGAGAUUGAUAUGACAGAAAUCAAGGUGGCUUUCGAGCGUUUAUACGGCAAGUCCCUGAAGAGCUGGAUUAAGGGUGAUACUUCCGGCCAUUAUAAGCACGCUCUCUACGCCCUGGUGGGUGAACAGCGCUCAUCUUAAGAAUCUCCCCGUUUAUUUUAUUCAAAAGCAGAGCGAAGCACAGAAAUCAAUUAUUCGAAUAUGUACUCUUCUCGACCUUUUCUUGUAUUCUAUAAUUUACAUAUUCAUACACAUACGACACAUGCCGAGAUGGUGUAAGGACAACUAUUAAUGAUCGAAAUACACACACACCACACACUUCGUAGAAUCUAAGAGCUCACAGAUAAUACCUGAUUAUCGAACUUUGUCAAUUUUAGAACCUGAUCUGAUUAGGGUAAAAGCCUGCCCCUCUCCCCGUUAGAAUGUACAGGAGUAUGAUAUUGAUACUUUACAUCCACAAUCUAAAACCUAGUUCCCACACACCUACACACACACACACAUAUACAUGAAAUGUUGUAUUAAAAAAUCUAUUAUUCAUCUCAACUUGUGCCUCAAAUGUAACUCUAUUGCCUAACGCUAAAUAAGCAUUUAAACCAGCGAACAUACACCGAACUAUAUAUAUAUAUAAAUAUACUAUAUAUGUGUGCAUUUUGAAGCGACAAAGAUUUUAUACAAUUACAUAUACUAUACAUAAUGGUGUUUAUUAAACAAUUCAAACUUCUAGUUUGCUCUCAAUGAAAUAAAUUAUUACAUAUGUUGUUGUUCUCAGUAA